AUGGCGACCACCACCCAUACCCAACCCAAGAGGAAGUCUUCCACCGCUGGACUGGCAACUGGAGGGAGGACCGUCAAGCGAAGGGCUUCCAAAGCCUGCCACUGUUGUCGUGGGAGAAAAGUACGUUGUGAUGUGGUCGAGAGUGGAAUUCCGUGCACGAACUGCCGACUCGACGAGGUUGAGUGCGUGGUCACUGAAGGAAAACGUCGGAGGAAAUCCUAUGCCGACGGAGAGCUCUUUCACCAGUCUCCCUGCAAUUCGAUAGAAGAGGAGAAGGAAAUUCCACAAUUUCCCAUCUUUGACGACAUCGAUGAGCUGAACAACUUUGUCCCGACUUUGCCCAAGUCCGAGCCAACCCAUCCCCAGCUAGCCCUGGACGAUGAGAUGGUCCAUCACAAACCCCAUAUGCUUUACCAGACACAGGGUCGCCGCUUGAGCCAGGAUGAUCGUUUCCGACGAAUGUCGACAGUCGGCACCAACCACCUUUCUCCGCCCCUCCUCUCCCCAGCAAUGUCCUAUUUCCUCCAGCAAACGAACCGGGUGAAUAUUGUCCUACCCCCCUAUUUGCAACCCAUAUCUCCCCGGAUCAUGAGCGAAGAUUUGGAGUAUCUGCAGAAGAAGGGAGCGUUUUUGAUCCCCGAGACAGGCUUCCGCAACGAGCUGCUCCGCUGCUACGUCCAAUACGUGCAUCCCUUCCUCCCCAUCGUCGACUUGCAGGACUUUUUGACCGCCAUCGAAAGGAACCAGCCCACCAACACCGUGAGCCUCUUGCUCUUCCAGGCCAUCAUGUUUGCCGCAACCGCAUACAUUGACAUGCGCUAUCUUAUAGCCCAGGGUUACAUGACCCGGAAAGCUGCCAGGAAAUCCUUCUUCCAGCGAGUCAAGCUCCUGUACGAUUUUGAUUACGAAGUCGAUCGAGUCACGGUUGUGCAGGCUGUCUUGCUGAUGACCUACUGGUACGAGAAUCCCGAUGACCCAAAGGAUGUGUGGCACUGGCUGGGUGUGGCCAUCUCGGUGGCUCGAACCAUCGGCCUUAAUUGUGAUACGUCGAAUGCUUCGCUCAUGACCUUGCAACAACGCCGCCUCUGGAAGCGCAUCUGGUGGUCCUGCUACAUGCGGGAUCGAUUGAUCGCCAUCGGGAUGCGGCGGCCGAUGCGCAUAGGCACCGGGGAUUUCGACGUGCCAAUGCUCGAGGUUUCGGAUUUUGAGACCGAGCCCUUGCCAGCCGAUCUCAGUAGAAUGCUCGGAGGCUGCCCUGCCGUGAGAGACACUGCGAAGCGCGUUACACUGGCCAAAAUGUGUAUCGGCCUUGCCGAUCUCUGUAUCCGCAUCACCCAAGUUCUCGCGGUCCAAUACUCUACUCUGGGGCACAAGAUUGGGGCAACUCAAGAGACUACAAUGAGACUGGUUCCGAAGAAGUCAGCAGCAGACCCAUGCGAUGUAAUCCGGUGUGAUCGCGCACUCGACCAGUGGCACAAAGACCUUCCGCAUGAGCUCCAUUACUUUGCUCCGGAUUCGCGCGAGCGGACAAGCACUAAUGAUGGCGAGGUCAUUAACCUCCAUCGAGCUCUGCUGACUGGAAUCUACCUCACCGCCAUCAGUGCAUUGCAUCGGCCACAAAUACUCCCUUCGGCUCCAAAUGUUGUGGUUGCCCCGGAGCUCCGAGAAUUGUCGAGGAGGAAGGUUCGCGAGGCCGCCAACGAUAUUACCGAGAUGUACAAAGAACUCUUUGCGCAUGAUUUGAUACGGUACCUCCCCAACACUGGGGUAACAUGCCUGCUUCCUGCCAUUAUCAUCCACCUCCUGGAUAUCAAAUCCAGCGACUCCAAUACCCGGCAAGCGAGCAUUCGGAGAUUCCAAUUUUGCAUGCAGGCCUUACAAAGACUGCGUGAGAUGUAUGCUUCUGCGGAUUUCGCCUUUUCCUUCCUCGAUGCAGCAGUGCGUAAGACCAAUGCUCAGGUCUAUGCUGCUGCUGGGGCCACACCUGGGAUGAAGUCGCCCUUCUCGACCAGCUCGACUGGAAUGGACCAGAAGAAGUUUCUCCCAGGACCGCUGUUGCUCACGCCGCCUCCUGAGGCUAUGCACACGGCGAGCUUGCUACUCAUGAACUCGACGCUAGCUCCGGAGGAGCGAAAUCUCAUUGCUGCGUACACACCACCAGAGUCGGAUAUGAGCUUGAACCCCCAUCAGACCGCGGACGAAGCACUGACCAAAUCGGCGGACAUGACAAUCGAACAGAACCUAGGGUUUAACUGUACCAUGGAUGAGGAUCCGACACACGCUGGUUUUGAGACACUUGUCGAUUUGGAAGGAGGCACCGAUUUGUUUUCCACUGUCGAAGAUGGCCUGGAUUUGAAUAUGCAGUGGCUUCAGGGAUUCGAUGCAGAUAAUCACACUCCUAACUCUGGAGAGUUCGCCUUGGAGACGAUUGAAGAGGUAGACGAGCAGCGGAACCAAUGCGGUUAUGCAGAACAGCCACUGGACGCCACCGAUGAGCUUGUACUUGGUUUGGCCAUUCAGGGUGAGGCUUGA